GGAAAGAGGACUAAUUAGGGUUUAACAGUUAAUAAGAGUUAGUUGUUAUGAAAACUUCAAUGACAUGGAGGCACUUGCCUCCACUAAUUUAUGCAUUAGCAUUUUGCUUCAUUGCUAUCAAUGUUGCUGAUGAUGAUCAGAGUCCUUAUUAUGGAGGCCACAACUCUCCCUACCACCCAGCUCCACAGGCGGCGCCACCCACACAUGAACAUGAACAUGAACCUCACCCACCCUAUCUCUAUAAGUCUCCUCCUCCUCCAUCUUCAUACAUUUACAAGUCUCCACCACCACCUUCUCCCUCGCCGCCUCCUCCAUAUUAUUAUAAGUCUCCUCCUCCACCUUCUCCAUAUAUCAACAAAUCUCCUCCUCCUUCCUAUCCCUCUCCACCUCCUCCCUAUUACUUUAACUCUCCACCCCCACCAUCACCUUCACCACCUCCACCAUAUAUUUACAAGUCUCCUCCUCCACCAUCACCUUCACCACCACCUCCAUAUUUCUACAAGUCUCCUCCACCACCAUCUCCAUCACCACCACCUCCUUAUAUCUAUAAAUCACCACCACCACCAUCUCCAUCACCACCACCUCCAUCACCUUCACCACCUCCUCCAUAUAUUUACAAGUCACCACCUCCACCUUCUCCAUCACCUCCUCCACCAUAUAUUUACAAGUCUCCACCGCCACCUUCACCUUCACCUCCUCCUCCUUACAUUUACAACUCUUCACCGCCUCCACCAAAGCAAGCCUAUCUCUACACUUCACCUCCGCCUCCCAAGUAUUAAGCUUGCAUUAAAAGUGCUUAAUUUGAAUUCUUUUAAUAAUAUUAUGUUCAACACUAUUGUGGUUAUAACAGGUUCUACGCCAUAUAUAUAAGGCAAGUAGAACC